GCCUGCAGGCAGCAGCUCAACCCUUUCAGACAGCCAGUGUGGGGGAGAACGUUGCUGCCGUACUCCUGUGUGUGAGAGUGUGUGUGUAUAAUACUGUAUAUGUGCAUGACUGUGUGUGUGAGACAGUGUUUUAAGCAGCCUCUUAGGAUGAGCGCAGAGGGAGACAGACGGUGCUGUGAUUGAGAGUUGGUAACAUCGCCUCUCUUUGCCGCCUCACCCUGUCCACAGCCCAUCCUGCCCUCCUCUCCCUUUCCUCUGGCUCUGAUCUACAACACCGCUGGGAUGUCUUCUUCUCCAGGAUCCAUGGACGGCAGCCAGAGGAAUAGCUGGUUAGUGCUGAUUGUCCAUCGGGCUUGAGAAUGCUGCAAGAAGGAGGAGGAGAAGAAGGAGGAGGAGGAAGAGGAUGUUGAGUGGGCCUGACAGCAGUAGAGUGACUCAGUUUGCCCCCAGGUUCCCACUCCUACGCUUUUCUUGUCUGCACAAACCAAAGUAGAAUGCAGAUAGCCUGGGCACUGUGUUCCCCGGAUAAGGUGCCACCCCAGGUGAACGAGGCGGAGCCUGCCCAGGUUAAGUUAAAGGAGGUGGAGUCUAGCCAGUUUAAGCUGCAGGAGGUGGAGCCUGCCCUGGUGAAUCUGAAGGAGAGGCAGAAGUUCUUUGAAGAGGCAUUCCAGCAAGACAUGGAUCAGUACCAGUCCACCGGCUACCUGCAGAUCAGUGAGAGGAGAGGGCCAAUAGGCAGCUUUUCAUCCAUGGAGGUGAACGUAGACAUGCUGGAGCAGAUGGACCUGACGGACAUGUCCGACCAUGAGAGCCUUGAUGUCUUCCUCCACUCUGGGGGAGAGGACAACAGCGUUGCCUCGCCCAUGCUGGGUCCAGACGUGGAGUCAUUAACCACAGAGAUCACACUGCAGGUUCCCACCCAGGCUGAGCUAAGACACACGCUCUCCUCCCUGUCAUCCACAGACAGGCAGGACACCAAGGCUAGCGAGGAUGAAGGGGGUAGGGAGGACCACAUCCACUGUACUGCCGGGGUACAAUCAUACGAAACAGAGGUUCCCCCCCAACACAGGCCUAGCAGGGAGGCCACUGCUCCAGCCACCCAGAAACCAGCCACUUAAACACUGAGGUCAGCAGCUCACAGGCCACGUAAGGGCCAAGGUAGAAACGAAGACACUGAACUGCCCAAAACCCUGCAAGGACUGGUUGCGAUGCAUGGAAGAAGAGAUGCAUCAUUUAUGUUCACUGUAUUUUCAUCCGUUUUGUAAAUAACUAAUUCCAUG